AUGAACAGACUUCAAACUUUGAGCCACAGCGCGACUACAAUUUUUGCUUAUGGGACAGCUGCGCAAUGUCCCAGUGCUCAAUUUGAGCGGUGCACCAUCUCUGUUACAAGACUCUUCCACCUUUGGCCACAACCUGGAGUGAGCAGCAAGGAAACUGUGGAAUACGACCAGAGACCACCAGCGGUAGUAUCGGCCGUGCUUCCUUUGCCUAUCCCAGUGACGUUCACAACUACUGCGAUACUGAUAUCUUGCUGCCGCGCGACGACGCGACGAAGACAAAUGAAGAGGUGGUGUGGCACGACCGACAUCAAUUGUUCAGGCGUUGUCUAUGAGUGUCUAUUUGGUCGGUCGGGCGGUCGGUAUCGUGAUGAACGGGACCAGAAGAUGACAUCCUUUUAUGGAUUUAAUUAUAGUAAUAAGCUGGUUGCCUUGUUUAGAUCUAUAUCGAACUUUGCUGUGGACAAAACUUACAAGUUCAGGGCCAGUGAGCCCUGCACUAGCACUUUUUGGGUAGGAGUGAGUGAACUUCUCGACAGUAUUAUUCAAGUGCAAGUGAAACCUACAUCUUAG